AUGGAUUCGCAUUCGUUUCAGCAGAACUUUGUCAGCCUGCGGCGGUUAGCCUUUGCGGCCGUUGCCAGCAUCCUGUUGCUGUGCCUAGUGUUGGCCAACCGAACCUGGACGCCCCCUGCUUGCCUACGGGAGGCCGCUGCCGCCGCCGAGGGAGAAGGCGGUGUCGCCCAGGUUGCCGCAGUGAUUGGCUCUGCCAACCACAAGACAGGGACCAUGCAGCUGGUAUGCCUCGGCAAAGCCGUUCAGGCGGCUGUGGAUACCAACAUCAUCAGCAACACCACGGCCUCCGACACCGCGGCGGUUGCGGCCGCGGGGCGCGCCACGCCCGGCCGCCCCAGCUUCUUGGUCACCUACUUCCGCUCCUCGCAUGAGUGCUACGGCCUGAGCCCAUCUAAGCAGGCCUUCAAGUGCCCCCGCCCGGGCUUCCCCUGCGCCGGUGACGGCUCGGCUGCCCUGUCCCUUGACGGCUGCUACUUCAGCUUUCCCACAGUGCCUGUGGGGGUGCUGCACUUUGUGCGGGACCCUUGGGACGUGGUCACAUCGGCCUACUGGUUCCACCAGCAGGAGCCGGCGCCAGAGGCCUGGAUCGACGUUGAGUUCCGCCGCCGUGCGCUGGCGAUGGUUGCGGAGGGCGUGCCGCGGGUGGCCCUGGAGGCGCUGGGGCUGGAUCUGGGCGCCAGCCAAAGCUACGGCGAGCUGCUGCGCACGCUGCCAGAGGAGGUCGGCAUCCAGCUGGAGUUCUGGCGGUCGGUGCCAGACCUGUAUGCCAUGGCACGGCAAUACCAGUUCUUCCGGCUGCACCCCGGCGGCCUGCAGCUGCGCUAUGAGGACCUGCAGUCGCGGUGGAGCGCCUGGGUGGCGCGCAUCGGCGCCCGCUUCUACCCCCGCCAUGUCGCUGCGCUGGUGGAUAAAGCCAAGGCGUGUGACGUCGGCAACUGGAGCAAGGACAAGCUGGCCAAAAGCAACCACGUGACGGCUGGAAAGCACUCUGACGACGACAGGCUGCGGCUGCAGCGGGCGCUGGCGCAGCGGCGCGAAGUGCGGCGCCACCUGUGCGCCGUGUGCGCCGUGUUGGAGUACGACUGCGCUCUGUGGUGCGGCGGCAAGCAGCGGCGGUAG